GCCUGGGAGGAGGAGGAGGACAAGGAGAAGAAGAGGUGAGGAGCUCGCUUGGCGCAUGCGCAGUAGUCCCCUGGAGCUUCUCUUGGGCGAUGAGUCCGGUGCUGUCCAAGCCCGAAUCGGGGCCUCUGCCCCAGAAGUUGCUCGUGCGCUACCUGCUCCUGCUGCGCCUCUACCCGGUGCUCACCAAAGCCGUGUCCAGUGCUCUUCUGUCGGCCCUCGGGAGUCUUCUGUCGCAGAUAACCGAGAAGAGCCCGAGAAAAGGAGAGCCGUCUAAACGUCUGGACCUGCGAGGGCCUUUGAGAUUUGCCAUCUAUGGAUUCUUCUUCACGGGGCCACUCAGUCACUACUUCUACCUGUACUUGGAGCGCCUCAUCCCUUCUGACGUGCCUUUUGCCAUCGUCAAGAAGCUGCUCGUCGACCGGCUACUGGUGGCACCAGCCUUCGUUGCCCUCUUUUUCCUGAUCAUGAGCUUGCUGGAGGGGAAGAAUACCUCGGCUUUCAUCAAGAGGAUGAAGUCCAGUUACUGGGCCGCUCUCAAAAUGAACUGGAAAGUGUGGACGCCCGUCCAGUUUAUUAACUUGAACUACAUUCCUAUGCAGUUCCAAGUGCUGUUUGGAAACUUGGUUGCCCUCUUCUGGUUUGCCUACUUGGCUUCCGUCAAGAAGUGAAGGGUAGAAGCAGCGGGUUUGGGCCCAGCAUCUCCACUCCAUGGAGAAACAAUCCUCCGUCCAGGAUGGGUGCCAGCCAGCAAAGCCAGAAGAGAGACAGUCUGGAGAGAAAUGGUCUCUGCUUCCGCCAGUGCAGCCUUCCGGUGACAUUUUCCGCUCCCUGUGAUCUCAACUGUCGCUUUCUUUCUACAUUUUCCGGAGCCUGGGACCAGAGGGCUGUGCCGACUUCGAUCCGAUUCAAAGUUUUCGACUUCGAUUCGGGGACUUUGGGGGUCCCACCAUCCUAACAAGUGAAACUAAGUGACUCUACUGAUUUGUUGUUCUUUUAAUUUUAGGCUUUUUUCUGGGAGCAGCUGGUGGGAACUCCUUUUUCAGUGGUGUUUAAUGGUAAACGUGCUCUGGGGCUGGGGGGCCAGAAUGAGCCGUUAUUUUUCCAGAGGAAUUAAAAAUGUAAAAACCCACCGUUUUUACAAGAUAAAUGAAACUGUUGAUCUA